AUGCAGUUUCCGUUCAUGUCGCCCGGUGUCCCGAAUUAUGUGACAUAUGCAAUGGUUGGCGCAGUUGUUGGACAUGAAGUAUCGCAUGCAUUCGAUGAUCAAGGCGGUCGUUAUGAUGAGUUUGGUAAUUUGCAUGACUGGUGGGAUUCUCAGACGGCGCAUAAAUUUUAUGAAAAGACGGAGUGUUUUAUCCGACAGUACAGUAGUGUGAAGGUGGAAGAGGCCGGCAUGCACCUGAACGGACGAUUAUCUGUCGGCGAAAAUAUUGCUGAUAAUGCAGGUGUUAAAACGGCUCUUAUGGUAAACUUUUUGCUUUCUAGAAAAGCUGUCAAAUCCAAGGACUUAUAA